GGGAGUUUCUAAGUGGGAACAGAGCCUCUACUGUUUCAUAUUACAGAGAAAAGAGGAGAAGAGUUAAUGUUGGGUAAGGGCUCUGGUGGGUUGAGCAGUCAGGCUCUGUUUUGAAUGUAGCUGCUUGUGUAAGUGCUGUGCAGUUGUCUGGGUUUAUGGAUUCACUGACUGUGGAAAAUGUACUUCUCUAUAGUGGUCCUUGUCCUGACUAAGGCUCUGUUUACAGAGGUAUGUCACGCUCUGAAUGUGACGGUCACUCCUGGGCCUGUCGUCUUGGUAACAGAGAGAGACAACCUGACGCUGUCCUGUCUGGUGUCUCAGAGGAAGAGGAGCAGCAGUGUCCUCAUUCUUCGCUGGUUCUUUACUCCUCUUACCACCGCAACACUUGUGCCUCCUUCCUCUGUUCCUCCCACAUCUCCUCCUGAACUCAGUCCAUCUCAGUUUCUGAUCGUGAGGAUGGGCAUCAAGAAACUGAAGCUGUACGGAAACUACACCCGUCGCUUCCCCGAGCCAAAGUUUCAUCUGCACGAUGAAGACGGGGGAGAUGCCUACCGACUGAUGAUCCUCGGGGUGACCGGGAUGGAUCAAGGCUUUUACACCUGUAAAGUUCAGGAGAUCCGAAAACACAAGAACACAUGGAGAGCCUCCUCCAACGGCACCAGCACCACCAAGCUGACAGUGCACUUUACCCAUGAGGAUGAGAGGAGUGAAGGGCUGUUCAAUUUAUUUGCAGACGUGUACCUGUUCGUUGUGCUGAUCUGCUCUCUGGGCCUACUGUCCAUCUUCCUCUUCACCCUCGUUCUAACCUGCCAGUACUUCCAAAGAAGACGCAGGCUUAAAGCCAGUUACCUUCUAGUCAAAUGUCCAGAAAGCAGCUCAGGAGAGACUGUAACCAGCUCAAGCAGCUGCUCCAGUUCCUCUCCAAGGACACCGAAGAAAGAAAUGGGACACAAAACUGACAGAGAAGUGACGGUGUCACCCCCAAAACCACCCAGACAACGACCACUUCACAUACCAGCCAAAGUGCCUGUUGCUGCAAAGAGACCUCAGAAACCCAGGAGGCUGAAGGCUCAGCAAAGGAGAAAUCUCAACCCCCGAGUCUCUCAAGAAGAUAGCCUGACAUAUGCAGAGUUGGAGUUAGUCAGACCCAGGCAGGAGCCGCCAGCCUCCUCCAGUCCUGACCCCACACCCUCCAGCCCCGACGUCGUGUACGCUCAGAUCCUCUUCCAGGAGAAACAGUUGUAGACGUGGCAGCUCGGCACCUCCUGGUGAGGGCACAGAUACACAGCUUUUCCAGGCUGAACUGAAUCCAGUGGCAUCCAAAGGACUAUAUUUAUGAACUAUGAGUAUGAUGUUUUGCUUUGUUUUACGUAAGUAUGUACGCCAAAUCUAUUAGUAAGGGAGGGCUUUUGCUUGUGCAGUUCCUGUCCAGCACAACAGCUUUCGGGGCUUAUAAUUCUGUUGUUUGUUGGCAUCACUGGCCUGUGAGCCACAUGUUUACAAUUUCACUCUUACCAUUAACUUUUCUGCAUAAACUCAGGAAACUGUGUGAGAAGAAACUGUUGUCCUGACUCUCUUACUACAGCACCAUUAGACACUGAAACACUCAGCUCUUUGAGUGCUUUUAUCCUUAAUGUAUUAAUACAUAAUGUUAAUAAAUACACAGGAGUCCGCAGUCUUUGAUUUAUGUAAGUGCAAUUUUUAUUUUUCUCCUCAAAGUGUAAGACAUGUCUCUGCUUCAGAAAUGAAAUAUUUUUGGUCCAAACGAUACAAAACAGCACAAAAUGACAAAUGAAGCAUGUCCAUCAUCUGCCAAUAAAGUAGU